ACCCUCCGCUUCCAGUUACUCCUCUGGCAGCAGACAACAAUCCUUGGCUUCUCUUCCCAGGGUUAUUAUUGGCCGGGGAGGAGGCGGCCGCAGGAUGGCCGGGGGGAGAUUGGCAGCCCCCUCGUGUCCUUGUUCAAAAAGGGCAGGCGGGUCGCUCCGCAGAGCGCUGUAGCGAAGCCAGCCCCAGAGCAGCUGCCCAACUUCCCCAGCAGCAAAAAACGCUGCUUUCCUGGGGCGAGAUGCAGAGCCCUUAGAAGACGCGCCUGGCCAGCUGGGCGGGAAAGAGGCGCCAGGGUGGGGGGUGGGGGGCUGGAGCUCCCGGGCGGGGUUCGGCGGCGGCCCCUUUCCUCACAUGUAAGGCACUCAGAGCAGCCACUUUCUUAAGCGGCGGGGGUCGCGUAGGUCGGGCAAGCGGCGCAGGGGUCGCAGCCGCAGACGAAGCGCCAUGGAGGGGAGCCCGAUCCCUGUGCUCACCAUGCAGACCGUGCCCUACGAGGACCAGAGGCCGACGGGCGGCGGGGGGCUAAGGCGGCCCACGGCGGUCUUCGAGAGCCAGCGGAACUACCUGCCCAACUUCAUCCAAAGCGUGCUCUCUUCCAUCGACCUGCGCGACCGCCAGGGCUGCACCAUGGUGGUGGGCAGCGACGGCAGGUACUUCAGCAAGACGGCCGUCGAGGUGGUGGUGCAGAUGGCGGCGGCCAACGGGAUUGGAAGACUGGUUAUUGGUCAGAAUGGGCUCCUGUCCACUCCUGCAGUGUCAUGCAUCAUCCAAAAGAUAAAAGCAGCUGGUGGAAUUAUUCUGACAGCUAGUCACAGCCCUGGAGGACCUGGAGGAGAUUUUGGAGUUAAGUUUAAUGUUGCCAAUGGAGGACCAGCUCCUGAUGUUGUUUCUGACAAAAUCUACCAGAUCAGCAAGACCCUAGAAGAAUAUGCCAUUUGUCCUGAUUUGAGAAUUGACUUAUCUCGGCUAGGCAGACAAGAAUUUGAUCUGGAGAACAAAUUCAAACCUUUCCGAGUUGAGAUAAUAGAUUCUGUGGAAGUGUACCUCAGCCUGCUGCGGACAUUGUUUGACUUCAGUGCGAUUCGAAGUUUGCUAACAGAGUCAGACCAGCUUAAAAUAAGGAUUGAUGCUAUGAAUGGAGUGAUGGGUCCUUAUGUCCGAAGAAUCCUGUGUGAUGAAUUAGGAGCUCCUGCUAAUUCCGCAGUGGACUGUGUUCCUCUGGAGGAUUUUGGAGGCCAGUAUCCUGACCCAAACCUGACAUAUGCAACCUCUUUACUGGAGGCAAUGAAAGGAGGAGAGUAUAGAUUUGGAGCUGCUUUUGAUGCUGAUGGAGACCGCUACAUGAUCUUGGGUCAAAAUGGAUUUUUUGUGAACCCUUCUGAUUCGCUGGCCAUCAUUGCUGCCAAUCUCCAUUGCAUUCCAUAUUUCUGUCAGAUGCCCGUGCGAGGCUUUGGUAGGAGCAUGCCAACCAGUACUGCACUGGACAGGGUGGCAAAAUCCAUGAAAGUUCCUGUGUAUGAAACACCUUCAGGCUGGAGGUUCUUCUCAAAUCUGAUGGAUUCUGGCCGAUGCUCACUUUGUGGAGAAGAAAGCUUUGGCACUGGUUCUGACCACAUUCGAGAGAAGGAUGGACUUUGGGCUGUCCUUGUUUGGCUUUCUAUUAUGGCAGCAAGGAAGCAGAGUGUGGAAGAGAUCGUCAGAGAACACUGGGCCAAAUUUGGCCGUCAUUAUUACUGCAGAUUUGAUUAUGAAGCACUGGAUCCUAGAGCAGCAUAUUUUAUAAUGAGAGACUUGGAAGCUUUGAUAACUGACAAGUCAUUCAGCAAUCAGCAGUUUGCUGUUGGGAGUAAUGUCUACACUGUGCAAAAAGCAAAUAGCUUUGAAUAUGUGGAUCCCGUAGAUGGCACUGUGACCAAAAGACAGGGGCUAAGGAUAAUCUUUUCAGAUGCAUCCAGGCUGAUCUUCAGAUUAAGCAGUUCUAGUCAUGUGCGAGCCACUCUCAGGAUCUAUGCAGAGAGCUAUGAAAAGGACCCCAGCAAACAUGACAAGGAGCCUCAGGCUGUGCUGAGUCCUCUCAUCGCAAUUGCACUGAAAAUAUCUCAGAUUCAUGAGAGGACAGGUCGCAAGGGCCCUACUGUCAUCACCUGAAUCAAGGAAGGAUCACUAACCCAGGGCCAAAAAUGAGAACACAAGGGAGAAAGAAGCUCUUGCCCAGACAUGCCAGCUGUUUGUACCUCUGUAUUACUCUAAGCGUUUGAGGUCAAUAGGGAGGGCAGGGAAGGGGGGACAAAAUUCAUUUCUGAUCAUACUGUUCUGCUAAGACUGCGGUGCAUUUAAUUCUCUACUAUGGCUUCAAUAUCUUCUUAUACCAAAAAACCCCAUAGAGAAAGCUCCUCCUGAUCUAAAUUCAGUUAUUAUAAAGUGCUAGCAUGACAUACAAGGUCUCAGUUUUGUGUUUUGUACUUGCAAAAAUCAGGAAUGGGCUACAUAUAACCCUUAUUAGACAUUGAUAUAAUGCACAGCGUUUUGUUGCUAAUUUAUGGAUCUUGGCUGCAACGAAGAAGUGGGGGAGGGGGAGAAUGAAAAGAGCUUAUGGUAUCUGAGGUAAAUAUGAAAUUUAAUGGAUUGUUUUCAAAAAAAGUUUAAAGACAGACUAUAUUUCUCAUGUUUUUAAAACCAUCUUAUGCUUUGAACUAGAGAUAACAGGGCUCCUGGUCACUGUAGCUGGUUGGAAGGCUCAGCUGCUGUGAAGGGCUAGUCCUACUAACCUAAGAUGCCAAGAAUUGUUUCCUCAUUAUGAAACACCCCAGAAGGCACAAAGUUAGAGCAGUGCAGCUCAUGUUCAGAAACCACAGUAGUGGGUUCUCAAAUUCCUACCUAUUAUAGACCCCAUGCAUGCUGGCUCAGAAGUAAAUCCAAGUGAGUUCAGUAGGACUUACUCUCUUGUAAGUGGUUUAGGAGUAUAGCCUUAAACUGAGAUUUGCAGUCAUUGAUAUCCUUUCCAGAACAAACUGAUAGCUGCCAGUCUUGAUGUCACAGGUGAAGUUGCACAAAUAAGUAUAGUUUUUGUUCCAACUGAAUCCUGGCAUCAGUCAUAUUCAUAUUUUUAUAAACAUUUGAACUUAGAGAGUGGAAAAUAAACUCUCCAUACAGACAGGUUUCAUUUUCUGCUCUUUUUGCAGUGUUCUUCACAUCCCCCAUCAGUACAAAUGUUUUGAAUGUAUGAUUUAUAUGCUUAUAAUGAAAAAAUUGCAGUUCUUUCUCCUUCCCCUUCUAAACCUUUUGUAUUGAAGAGAGUGUGCAUUUUCUUAAAUUUUCAUUUAGUGGGUAUAAAAGGAAGUGUCAGUAAAAUGGCUAUUUAGCUACUUGCCUUGGUAAAGAUCUUAGUCUUCAGUUAGACUUCACUGUUUUGGGAAGGAAAGCACUGUAGUCCCGUCCCGUCCCCCCCCCCCCCCCCCAUUUUAAGAAUAAGCGAUAUGUUAUGAGUUGAUCCUCUGCCAUCCUAAAUGGAGUUAUAUCCUUCUUAUCACAUUCAGUGCAGCUCUGUUGAGACAGCACUAUGCCCUUUUUAAAACCUUUCCUUCCCUCAAGAUGAACUUGUGUUCCCCCUCUUUAUGGAUGAUCGGCCAUUGGCACAGUAGAACUUUUAUACUGGAAGGGACUCAUGACCCCUUUAAAAAGCCAUUUUGAGAGUUUGAAUGCGUAUGCCAGAUAUGGUCCCAGUGCGUACUCAGUUAUCUCUGAUUUAGCAGAAUGCAGUCCUGAACUGGCAUUGCACUCUGGUUAAAUAAGUACACGGUAACUGAACAAAAGCAUUUCCAACAUUUAAUUUUGAACUUUAGACUUUAUACAUGUGAACACUAUUAGGCAGAGGUUAGUAAUGUCAGCUAGGAAUAGGACCUGAAAAAUCUUUCAUUCACAGAUUCUUCUGAAAAACAUCAAAGCCCUGUAAUAGCAAUUCCAUAUGUUGUAAUUACAUUUUGUGCUGACUUUUAAAAAAACCACGUUAUGUUGGAAGUGACCAAUAUUCCUCAUGUAAUUCACUGGUCUGUUAGUGUUCAUGUGCCCCCUUAAAGUAAUAUAUAUAGCCUUGAGGCAUCAUAUCAGAAAUGGCUCUCAAAGAACCACAACUGGGUUAUAGCCCCAUCCAAGGGGCCAAGUGCCAGGCUGCAGCACUGAAGGGACACCACCGUCUCCAAGGAGACUUCUCAGCGGCAUGGGGAGGGUUAAAAUGCUGAAAAGCCUCCCUGCUGCUGGGAAGCUCCCGUUGAGUGGAAUACACCAACACCACCUUUUCAGUGGUGUAAGUUUGCAGCCACUGGCACAAGGGGGCCAUGGCCCUGAGGGAGCCGAUUAGUGUCAGUUCCUCCCCCAGACUGCCCCUGCUGUGGUGGAAGAUGCAGGAACCCUGGUGUGGCAUCCUGGGCCGCAUCCCAUUGCUGGGGAGGGUGGCUGUCACACACUGAUGGAAUUGCACCCCUCCCCGCCCCCCAGAUGCGGCUGUUAGAGUGGCUCUCUGCACAGUGGGAUGCUCACGCAGAUUAAUGAAAUGUUGUUUUGGCUUGUGAUGUUAGAAGACCUCUGUUGAAGCUAUUUAAACUUCCACAUGGUUUCUUUGAACUUUUCCAACACAAUUUACACUGUAUUGGGUUAUGGUCCUGACACUUUAAAUGGAGGGGAGGUUGGACAAGACAGACAAGAUUACUUAAUCUGAAGUGCACAGGAGUUCAUUGAACUGUGUUGGGUUAUUUCUUUACCUGCAAACACGCUGCUGACAUUUUGCAUAACUCUGGUCAGAUGAAUGCCAACCCUGUUUUUCAAGAAGAUUUCUUUAAUAAAAGAACAUAGUCGUCUGCUGUGAUAGAUAGGAACACUAUACAUAUGAGGUUUUUGGAGCACUGGGUCUUAAGAAGGAUUUUAUUCCUAAUCAGCCGUGGUUGUCCUUGAACAACAAUAAAUUGAAUGAAGUUUUCAAACUACUCUUCUAAUUAAUGUAGCUACCAGAGGCUUUAUCAGAGAGUUGUAGGAACAGAGGAGAAAAAGAGAGGAUAGCUCAGGAAAUAUUUGGCUAUAACAAAUUAUUCUUCUGCUUGUGAAAGAAUAGCACUGCUCCAUUCUAGAUCAUUCAACAUUUAACCGAGAAGAACUCUUUGUGCAUGUGACUAAUUUGAAUGUUUUAUUUGGGAACAGAGGUGUAGUUGUAUGUCAUUUGUGGAGAUGGCCUUUGUGCAAUUUGACACUUUUUAUAGCAUAGUGCAAUUCUUUGUGAUGGCCAAGGGGUUCCUUUAAAGUGCAAUUUUAGCACCUUAUGCUUUGGGGAAUUGGUCUGGUUUCUUUUUUAUAUAUUUGUCAGAAUGUACUAUGACAUUUAAUAAAGAGGAAUGCCUUUAUUGCCUUGCAUGAAAUUGCUGAUGAGAGGGCACAGCCCAACCUGAUAGAACACGGAUUGUUUUGUAGCUGCAUCAGUAUUAUUGAGGCUCUAAAUGACUUUUUUUCUCACUUUUAAAACCACAAUGAUUUAUUGCAGUAUUAUUAAAUAUCUUUUUUUUAAUCGAAA